AUGGCUGAUUAUAGCAGCUUUAUGGCAAGAGAAGGAGGUGGUCACGGUCUUGCCAUGGGGUGCGGCAGUUCCAGCAGGAUAGAGGUGCUGCAGCCAUCAGUCAAGGAGCUGCCGAAUGGCUGGGGAGCCAAGAACCAGGCUAAUAAUGACCCGUCUCAGAGAGCAGCUGGCUCCACCCUUCGGGAUGGGUCCACUGUGUCAAAAGGCAGUGGAGUAAAACUUGAAGAUGAACUCAGUGGGGGAAAUUCACCCCGGGAAGGUCCAGAAAGGUCACCUUCUCCUAGAGAAAAAAAUAAUGGGCAAAACACAGACAUCAUGUUACUCAGUGGUGGAUUUGUCAAUAAACCGAUGCACUUACAGGAACGGGAGAGACAAAAGUCAUCAGAUAUCCUUGAGGAGCUAAUGAUGCAGGGAAUAAUCAAGAGCCAAACUACAACUUUUAGAAAUGGAGAAGCAGAUGCCAAGCUCAUGGACACCCUGGAAAAGCCACUAAAGAAACCACCAGCCAAGCUGGAAAAGCUUAAGAUCGAAAAGAAAGAAGUGAAUGCUUUAACAAUGAAGGACAUUAAAAAUUCUGCCGAAGAAAGAAGAAAGACUAAAGAAGAGCAACCGAAAGAAAGACUUCAGAGUGGCAGACUUUUUCCAGCAAUUGCCCAUCAAAAUAUUGCUGAGCUGAAUGAGGAAGGCUAUUCAACUUCGGAAGGUCAAGAAGGUACAAACAUUGUUCAGCCUUUAUCAUUCGACCUGGAGACAGAGACUCUGCUGGAGAAGGAGGAAAUAGCUGUCGAAAUUGUAAACAGCAAUUCAGAACACUUUGGUGCUGUGGAGUCUGAUACAACUUAUAACACCAGUUUAAAUGAAGCAUUCUGACAAGGAAAAAUCUCUCUCAAACACAUUCAGCCUUUGAAACGUAGGCGUCUUAUUCAAAACUCAUUUGUUCCAA